AUGAGGAAAAACGCAUUGGAAAUUAGCCCAAGCGGCGAAUGCCAUGCCAUGGGUGUGGGUGAGAAAAAGUCAAAUGAUUUCAAUGAAGGUAGGAAGAAUGCGAAAAAACUCAAGGAUUUUGAGCUGAUCAAUAAUACAAAGAAUCUACAAAAUAAUAAUAAGUCGACCAAGCCUGAAAUAGGCAAUUCAAAUGAUAAAUCAAGUGCCGCUAUUACAGCGGCAAAAGCAACUACAACAACAACAAAUGGGAUUGCAAACAAAAUACUCAAUGAUACACAAACUAAUCUCAAAUUGAAACAAUUACAAAAUGUUAGUCUUAAUUUAAAUGUAAAUGUCGAUAAUGAACAAAUUCAUAAUAAUAUCAAUAACAACAACAACAACUACAACAACAACACAACGUCAUCAAACAAAUCAUUAGUCAUAAUAAGUAAUGAAAAUUGUAACAAUUUACUAAAAACAACAGAAUAUGUGCCAGUGCAACAACAAAAAGAGAGAGAGCGCGCAGAGGAGAGUUCAACUGAAAUAAUAACCAAAACCACAACAACAACAACACAAACACCUGCAGAAACAACAGCGGUUAGCACGACUGCAACUAACAAUAUGUGCACAACAACAACGGUCACAACAACAACCACACAAACAGCUGAAGCGGAUAAUCGACAUCACAACGAUAUGCACGACGAGAGAAUGAAGGACAAUCACUCCGAUUCGGAUUCGGCUCUCUCAUCAGCGCCACCAUCCAUAAGUCCACAGCCGCCGCCAGCUGGACUGGACACAGCUGAUAUUUGGCAAAUGAUUCGCACCUACAGCACUGAUUUGCAAAAACUGCAAAAGGAUAAUGAAAUCUUGCAGAAGGAAAACGAACAUUUACAUGCGGAGCUGAAUUUGGCCAAGGAGCAUAUACUCGAUGCCGAAAAAACCAGCAUGGAUAUCAACAAUAAUGCCAAAUUACAACAACUCAUGGCACGUGUGAAACAACUCGAGGAGCAGGAACAUCAAUUGAGCACGGAGGCGGAUGAGUUGCGCGAACAAAAUGAACUGUUGGAAUUCCGGAUACUCGAAUUAGAGGAAACGAAUGAUAAGCGUUUCCAAAUUGCCGCCUGCUUGUUGGCUCCUGGCUAUUUGUUUUCCAUUGGCACCGACAUUUGCGCGCCUUCAGCGCCAGUAACGCGGCGUGAAAUCAAUAAUCGUAUUACCAACGCCAACUUUACCAAGCGACGCUGUUGCCGCAGUGGCGAUAUGCGCACUGCGAUGAAUGAACUCACAAUCAGUGACGUUUGUUAA